AAACUUAUUAGAAUCGAUAUUUGAUGUUGGUAUUCUUAUUUUUGCAAACUCUCGAAAUGAUGUCAUCUCAUUGAAUAUUAACAACAUGGCGGAAAUAUUUUUAAUUUUUCGAAAAUAAUCAGUGAAAUGUAGUUUUUUAUAAGUCUAGGUCUCUUGAACGAGUAAUUACCGAUCCAUUGACAUACAUCAACCAUGCAAGAAAAUGAUGCCAGAUUCCUGAAAAGGCAAGUGAAAGGUGGUAGCAUUGAUGUUCAUCCUACAGAGAAGGCCUUGGUUGUUAACUAUGAGCUUGAAGCAACAAUCCUGGGUGAGAUGGGAGACCCCAUGCUGGGAGAGAGAAAGGAGUGCCAAAAAAUAAUCCGUGUGAAGAGCUUGAACAAUAACACAAAUGUUGCAAGUUUGGCUAAAGAAAUUGUAGAUAGAUGUAAACUGAUUCACCCAUCAAAGUUACCAGAAGUUGAGCAACUAUUGUACUAUCUACAAAAUAGAAAAGACAACAACACCCAGCAAGGGAAUGAUGGGAAGCCACGCCAACAACUGUCAGAGCGUCCAAUGGAUCCUGGCGUCUAUGAUGGUACAGAGAUUGACGAGGUGGCAAAUAUAAAUGAUGUGGAAGAUUACUUAGAACUUUUAUAUGAGGACAUUCCAGAGAAAUUAAAAGGAUCUGCUCUUUUGUUACAACUGGCUCGCAACCCUGAUAAUUUAGAGGAACUUUUUCAGAAUGAGACUGUUGUCCAAGCCUUGGCGAGAGUCCUCAAAGAUGAUUGGAAGAAAAGCACAGAGCUAGCAACAAACAUUAUUUACAUAUUUUUCUGCUUCUCAAGUUUCUCUCAGUUUCAUGGAGUCAUAUCUCAUUUUCGUGUUGGAGCGCUGUGUAUGCAAAUUGUGGAGCAUGAACUGAAAAAAUAUGACAUUUGGAAACAGGAAAUUCAAAAGAAAAAGGCAGCUUUAGAUGCCGAUAGACAAAAUGGACAAUUAAAAAAAGACUUUGAUAAAAGUAACAAAAAGAUGCAAGGGUUGCUAAGGAAACAAGAACAGCUUUUACGAGUGUCAUACUAUUUACUACUGAACCUAGCUGAAGAUCUGAAGGUUGAGGUGAAAAUGAGGAACAAGAGUGUUGUCACAAUGCUUGUGAAAUCAUUGGAGAGAGAUAACUUUGAGCUACUCAUCUUAGUGGUUUCAUUCCUUAAGAAGCUGUCAAUAUUUUCUGAAAACAAAGAUGAAAUGUUGGAGCAAAAUAUAAUAGAAAAGCUGACAAAAAUUGUCCCGUGCAAUCAUGAAGAUCUGUUAAACGUCACCUUACGUCUCCUUCUCAACCUAUCAUUCGACUCAGAGCUGAGGAGCAGAAUGGUUAAACUAGGAAUGUUACCAAAACUUGUUGGAUUAUUAAGUAAUGAGAACCACAGAAUCAUUGUGCUUUGUAUCCUGUAUCACAUCAGUACAGAUGAGAAAUGUAAAUCUAUGUUCACUUUUACUGACUGCAUACCAAUAGUAAUGAAGAUGCUCUUGGAAAGUGAAGGUAACCAUGUGGAACUAGAAGUAAUUGCUCUGUGUAUCAACUUGGCCUCCAACAAACGUAACGCUCAGAUCAUAUGUGAAGGCAGUGGCAUGAAGAUGAUUAUGAAACGUGCAUUCAAACUGAAGGAUCCAUUGUUGCUGAAGAUGGCUAGAAAUAUUUCUCAGCAUGAUGGUCCAACAAAGGAAUUAUUUUUGGACUACAUUCCGCAACUUUGUGAGACGAUAGUAAGCAAAGUAGAGGAUGAAGAUUUCAUGAUAGAAUGCAUAGGAAUACUGGCUAAUCUCACAAUGGAGGACCUUGACUAUGAACUCAUCCUACAAGAGUACAAGAUUGUCCCCUGGAUCAAAGACAAACUGCAACCUGGUAAUGCAGAAGAUGACCUUGUGUUAGAAGUGAUCAUACUUGUAGGAACAGUUUGUAAUGAUGACUCAUGUGCACAAAUGUUGUCAGAUAAUGGGGUCGUUCACAGCCUUAUCGAACUACUUAAUGCUAAGCAAGAAGAUGAUGAGGUUGUAUGUCAGAUAGUCUACGUCUUCUACCAGAUGAUCUUCCAUGAAUCGACCCGUGAGAUUAUCAUCAAAGAUACACAGGCUCCUGCUUACCUCAUAGAUCUUAUGCAUGAUAAGAACCCAGAGAUAAGAAAAGUUUGUGACAACACUCUCGAUAUAAUUGCUGAGUAUGAUGAAGAAUGGGCAAAGAAAAUCCAACUUGAGAAAUUCCGCUGGCACAACUCCCAAUGGCUUGAGAUGGUAGAGUCACGACAAAUGGAUGAGAAUGAGGCUUAUAUGUAUGGGGAUGAAGGCAUAGGAUCGUACAUUCAAGACACAGAUAUUCUAGAUAGACCAGAUCUGUUUUAUGAUACAGGACCAGAUGGUUAUGAUGGUGGUAUGUUGGAGGGCAAUGUUACCCCAGAGUACCUGGAGCAUGAUGGCUAUAAUGGGGCUAUGAUGCCUCCUAACGGAUCUUAUAAUGAUGCAGGCUACGGCGAUGACUAUGACCCAUAUCAGCGUCCCGAAUCCAACAUGGGAUUCAUCAUGGAUGGCCAACCAGUAGAUGAAUAUGGGCAGCCAGUUGAUAACUAUGGCAACCCCAUAUAUGGUAAUGAUGGAGGUAAAGGAUAUGUGAAUGGAAAUAUGCAGGAUGAGUAUGGGUAUCAACAGCAGUAUGGAUAUCAAGGACAGUAACAAAGGAGAACUGCAGUAAUUGGAUUAUAUAGAAACAUUAAGAUGUAUCCAGUCUCUUGAUACUUAAAAUGUUCAAUAAUGAUACUUUUGAUGACAUAGUUUCCAGUGCUUUGGAACUAUAUAUCGUUGAGGAUCAACAUUUUCAUAUCUCUGUCCUGGACAGCUCAUUAGCCCUGUGGUUACAUUAAGUUAAUGUCUCUUAAUUUUAAGAUUUCUUUGUGUAACAUAUGAUUUUAAGGUACAUUGUAUGCAUAUAACUGUAUAUACUGUGCAUUUUCAUCCUUGAAACAUGUUCCAAUUCCACCAGUUGUUCCCUGCUUCUGGACAAAACAUUAAGCUAUUGACAUAUAAAUCAGAUUUAUAAUUGUAGAUAAUCUAGCCAUAUUAGUCUCCAGUGUUUGAAUUUAAGGGACAUUAGUAUCAACUACAGUAUAUAGCUAGUCUAGUCAUUGAUGCUUUGUACUUUUAAAUAGUAUGAAAUGUUUUAGUUUUUUAACAAAAAAAGUAACAUCUAUCUAAUUGUGUUAAGAUCAAUUUUACAUGUAUUUUGUGUAAGAUAUCUGUAACAUAUGUCUAUAUUUUAUUUAUUUGAAAAAUGUGUAUCUGUAAUAGGAAGUAUGAUUUUUAAAGUGAGAGUACAGACUUGGUGCAAAUGUUUUUAGGAUGGAAGUCGAUCAGAAUGCAUGUUGGUAUCUUAGUACUAUAUACCUUAUCUCUAUUUAUGUUGAUCUCAAAACACUCUGUUUGACAGAUUAGCGAACUUGUUAAGUUUACAUGUGAUAUAAUAGAAAGAUUAAGUUAAUGCGCAUUUGCGAGAACUUGAAUGUAAACAUGUAAAAUUAUGACCCUUGGGAAUUGUUGUCCCCCUCUCUAAUUGGUUCAAACGGGAACCUUAUUACGACUAUUUUCCUCAAACCAUCAUACACUCAAUCGGGCAACUAAAACCAGUAGGGUGAAAACAGUGCUUAGAGGAUCAUAAUUUAACACAUAUAAUGCACAUAUUCUUCAAAAGAGUGCUAACUUAACCUCC